AGAGCACAGGAUGACAUUGGCACAUUUAGUGGGCGCAUCGCUACGAGACUUCGAAGCAUUAGUCAGUUCCCGAUUCGCCGCUAGCCAUUGAGGGGGAUCUCGCAACAUCCUCUUUUAAAUUGCGAGUUAUCGUAAUUGUUUCAUUGUACCAGAUUGAGCCUCGGCCUGUGCUUGUGCCAUUUGAGUGUUGCCCUGGGCGAUGAUCUGAUAGCGAUCGCAGAAAGUAACAAAAAUGGGGGAGAGCGAUGUAAACGAGAUGGUGCAUCAGAUGCAGAGGUUUUCAUGGGUGGAUUACGUGGUAUUCGUGUUCAUGUUAGCGAUCAGCGCUGUUGUGGGGGUGUAUUGGGGGUUCAUGAAGAAGCAGACCACGCAGAGUGAUUACCUCCUCGGAGGCAGGAACAUGAAAGUUGUUCCUGUUGCUAUGUCGCUGGUAGCCAGUUUCGUGUCUGGAAUCACUCUGUUAGGUUCUCCAACAGAAGUGUACAUGUAUGGCACCCAGUACGCAUAUAUUAUGGGUGGCAUUUUCCUCAUGUCCAUUGUGAUGACCCAAGUCUAUUUGCCAGUCUUCCACGAGCUGAAAAUCACUUCCAAUUAUGAGUAUUUAUCUUUGAGAUUUGACAAUAGAGUGCGGUUGUACGGCUCCGUAUUAUUUGCUUUUCAAUUGAUAGGCUGGCUCCCGAUAGUCAUUUAUGUACCUGCUCUAGCGUUCAAUCAAGUGACUGGUGUCGACAUACACAUAAUUACUCCAAUCGUCUGUUUGGUGUGCAUAUUUUAUACAAGUGCCGGCGGUCUCCAAGCCGUGGUAUGGACGGAUGUGAUUCAAAUCACCGCCAUGUUUGGUGCAAUGGCGCUGGUGGCCAUUAAGGGAACCUUAGACGUCGGUGGUUUCGGAGUAGUUUGGCAACGGAAUUUUGACAGUGGCAGGAUUGAACCACCUAACUGGGACCCGAGUCCUCUGGCACGUCACACGGUAUGGAGCCUGGUGGUGGGUGGUCUGGUGUACUGGUUACAGGCUAACGCCGUCAACCAGACCAUGGUGCAGCGGUAUCUGGCGCUGCCCACGCUACGGGGAGCUAAAUGGGCAGUUGUGUUGUUUUGCAUGGGCAUAUCAGUCCUAUAUUGUUUCUGUUUGUAUUGUGGACUCCUGAUCUACGCGCGCUUUUAUGACUGCGAUCCUUUACAAACUAAGUUAGCAAAAGCGAAAGAUCAGUUGUUGCCACUUUUAGUUAUGGAUGUGCUGGGAAAUAUACCUGGACUACCGGGAGUGUUCGUUGCUGGUAUUUUCAGUGCUGCUCUCAGUUCUCUGUCCACGAGUUUGAAUUCAAUGUCUGCUGUGGUAUUGGAAGAUUUCUACAAGCCGUUCUAUAAAAGACAGCUUACUGAACGACAAACCAAUUGGUUAUUGAAGGCAGUGGUUAUUAUAUUAGGCGCGGUUUCUCUAGCCCUAGUAUUUAUUGUAGAGAAGAUGGGCACAGUGCUUCAGUUGACGAUGACGUUAGAAGCGGUCACCAUGGGCCCACAGCUGGGAAUAUUCACCAUGGGCAUUCUGAUGCCAUGGGUCGAUGCCACGGGCGCCCUAGUAGGCGGUUUGAGUGGUCUAGCAACAAUGGCGUGGUGGUGUCUUACGGCCCAACUGGCCAUCGCCCGGGGCCAGAUCGUCCACCCUCACAAACCCCUCACAGUGGAGGGUUGUCAGUACAAUUAUAAUGCUACUGAAACUAUCAUGAUGUCUUCUGAACCUGUUGAGGACGUCAACCCUAUUCUUCGAGUAUCGUACUUGUGGUAUACUCUAGUGGGAUCGUUAGUGACGAUAUGCGUUGGCGCAGCAGUGUCCCGUGUGAACCGUGUGCGAGGCAAAGCGCACAUACCACCAGCACCAAGACUCCUCGCUCCACAAUUAAGAAAGUUCUGCAAAGAACCACCACAUCCUACUGAUGAGCCUUACAUACGAGCUUACGGACAAAACAAGGAUGCCUGCCCUUUAAAUUCUACCUCACUUAACUUGAAAAUGAUAGAUGAAUGCGAAGAAAUUAGCUGA